AUGAACCAAGAUGGAGGAAAUGGAGGGGAGAUCAAUGAAGCUAGGUGGAGAGAAGCACAGGUCGGAACAAUUACUCGUUUGAAUCAAGUUAUUAGUACAUUGACAGACCGGAUGGAGCGAAUUGAAAUAGCCUUAGGUAAUCUUCAAGGGAGGGAAGUACUCUUGAAUGAAGGAGUUGAAAAUGAAGAAGAUGACAAUGUCACCCUUUUAGCGGGACAUAGUCCUAGGGGAGGGAGAGAUGUCGGUCGAGGGAGAGGAAGAGUCAGAAGAAGGGGUAGAGAAAUUUUAGCACCAAAAAGAAUUGAGAGGGAGUACCAGUAUGAGAGAGAAAAUGAAAAAGGAGUAUGGGGAGUAAAGCUAAAAAUUCCAACUUUCUAUGGGAGAUCUGAUCCAGAGGAGUAUUUGCAAUAUGAGAGCAAAAUUGAGCAUGUCUUCGAUUGCAACAAUUUCAGUGAAGAAAGAAAGUUGAAGCUUGCUGUGGCUGAAUUUUGUGAUUACGCCAUUAUAUGGUGGACAUAUUUGAAAUCAGAGUGGAGGAGAAAUUAUGAAGAACCAAUUGAAACGUGGGAGGAAUUGAGGACAUUAAUGAGAAAAAGGUACAUUCCUAAGCAUUAUUCUCGAGUACUCAAGCAAAAACUCUAUACUUUACAACAGGGAUCCAAAAGUGUUGAAGAAUAUUACAAAGAAAUGGAGACCCUUAUGAAUAGAGCAUGUAUUGAUGAAGAUGAGGAAGAUACAAUGGCUAGAUUUCUUGGUGGGUUAAACCGACAACUUGCUCAUCAAGUGGAUAGGCAAGCGUACUUUGAUAUGCAAGAAUUGUUACACCUUGCUGUCAAAAUCGAAGGGCAACUAGCUUGGGAGAAGGAUAACUCCAAGAGGUAUGGUAUUUCAAAGUCUAUUACUUUCAACACUUGGAAAAAGAAUGCAAAUAUUGAAAAGAUAGAUUUCAAAGUUGGAGGCAAGUAUGAUCUUGACAAAAAGAACAAAGCUGAGACCUCCAAGGGUAAAGAGAAAGCGGAGGAAUAUAAGGAGAUUCGAAAAAGAAAUAGAGACAUCAAAUGUUGGAAAUGUCAAGGAAUUGGUCAUCUUAGUCGUGAUUGUCCUAACAAGAGAGUCAUGAUUAUCAAGAAUGGACAAGUUGUCACAGAUAGUGAGGAAAGUGACCAUGAUGAGCUAGUUGAAGAGGAAAUCCAGGAGAAUGAGGAGGAACUAGAAGAUGGGAGUCAUUUGGGGACUCCUUGUAGUCUUGUAAUUGAUAGUGGAAGCUGCACCAAUGUCGUAAGUACAAUGCUGAUCAAAAGGUUGCUAAUUCCAACCCAACACCAUCCUAAACCUUACAAGCUUCAAUGGCUCAAUGACAGUGGAACAAUGAAGGAAUUUGAUGACGUAUUCCAAGAUGAAGUCCCUAAAGGACUACCUCCAAUUAGAGGUAUUGAACAUAAAAUAGACUUCAUUCCAGGGGCGGUAAUUCCUAAUAGGCUAGCUUAUAGAGCCAACCCAACUGAGACUCAAGAAAUUUGA